ACUGUGCGGGUGUGGGAUGCAAUCACGGGACAGCAAUUGGGUGAGCCCUUGGAGGGGCACACUAGUGAGGUCUUGUCAGUCUCGUUCUCACCGGAUGGUACUCGCAUCGCGUCUGGUUCUUUGGAUAAGACUGUGCGGGUGUGGGAUGCAAUCAUGGGACGGCCAUUCGGUGAGCCCUUGGAGGGACACACUAGGGAGGUUUGGUCAGUCUCAUUCUCACCGGAUGGCACUCGUAUCACGUCUGGUUCGGCAGAUAACACUGUGCAGCUGUGGGAUGCAGUGAAGGUGCAGCUAUCCCCCAUGUCCAGCGAGCCAGAUUCUUCCUCAUUUUCACUGCAUCAAAGCACUACACCUCCCACCCAACAAAGCCGUAUCAUGCCCACCAGCACUUGUAACGAUCACGUCAUUUCUUUCUCGUCCAGCCAAGGACACGCCCUGCCCAACCCCGCUGACCUGCUCGAACCUACUUCUUAUCAUAAUUCCAAUUCAACCCCUUUCUUGCUGCAGGCUGAUGGAUGGAUUAUGGGAUCUCAUCAUCGGCUUCUUUUCUGGGUACCUCCCGCUUCCCGACAUCCAUUUUAUACUCCUUGGACUUCAUUGGUGAUACCCAGAGGACAUCCCGAGCUUGAUUUGAGCCGCAUGGCACAUGGGACACACUGGUCGAGUUGCCGAGAUGCCUCCACGUAACAAUCAUUUUAUUGCUGCAACAUCAAGUGCACCGUUUUAUUCUUUGAUUCCUUGUCAAUUUCUAUACCCAGCACCGAACCUGAAUUUACGGUUGUCUGACUGACUGAUGUACUGUACUUAGAGGUGCACUAGUUAACAUGUACUACUUACUCUAGUCUCUAGAC